AUGGCCAUUGCCAUGGGCUGGCAGAAACCCGACAAUGUCGCGGGCUCGUCGGCGCCGGCCAUCAUGGUCGGUCUCUUCGUUGCCUCUGGCGGGUUGCUGUUCGGCUACGAUACUGGAGCCAUUAACGGCAUCCUUGCCAUGACAGAGUUCAAGGAACAAUUCGGAAAGCACACAAAUUGUCACGACGAAAAGGGCGCCAUCGACAUUUGUACAAAAGACUCAUCUAUCAUCGUCGCCAUCCUUAGCGCUGGCACUGCCCUCGGUGCUCUACUUGCUGCACCCACUGGCGAUUCUCUAGGCCGUCGCAAGACUCUUCUUUUGGCCGUGGGCAUUUUCUGCGUCGGCGCCAUCUUCCAAGUUUGCGCUAAUAACAUAGAUCUGUUACUAGUUGGGAGGUUCUUCGCUGGCAUUGGUGUCGGCCUUAUCUCUGUCCUCGUUCCAUUAUAUCAGUCUGAAAUGGCACCAAAAUGGAUCAGAGGUACUCUUGUCUGCGCAUAUCAACUAUCGAUCACAAUUGGCCUCUUCUCCGCUUCUGUAGUCAACAUCCUCGCCUCUGAACUCAAGAACUCCUCCGCUUAUCGAAUCCCCCUCGGCCUCCAGAUUGUGCCAGCGAUUAUUCUUACCGGCGGCUUAUUAUUACUACCUGAAACACCUCGUUUCCUUGUCAAGAAGGGCCUUCACACCGAAGCCGGUCUUUCACUCAGCCGACUCCGACGACUAGACAUUACACAUCCAGCGCUCAUCGAUGAACUGCAAGAAAUGAUAGCAAAUCACCAAUAUGAAUUAACAUUAGGACCCGACAGUUAUAAAGACAUCUUUAUUGGUUCGCCACACCUUGGUCGACGUACAUUUACUGGUUGCGGUCUACAGAUGCUUCAACAGCUCACCGGCAUUAACUUCAUAAUGUACUACAGCACAUCCUUCUUUGACGGUGCCGGCGUCGAGAGUCCAUACGCCAAAUCGCUUAUUAUCAACGUCAUCAAUGUUGUCUCGACAAUACCAGGCCUGUUGGUUAUCGAACGUUGGGGUCGACGAAAGCUCUUGAUGAUUGGAGCCAUUGGAAUGGCCGGCUGCCAACUCCUUAUGGCGUCCUUUGAUACCGCGACAGGACAGAGUUACGAGAAAGCGUCGCAGACCAUUCUCAUCACAUUCUGUGCUAUCAACAUCUUCUUCUUCGCUGCUUCUUGGGGACCUGUGGUGUGGGUCGUAACAUCAGAGAUUUAUCCCCUCAAAGUCCGUGCAAAGGCUAUGUCGGUUUCAACAGCGUCAAACUGGCUUCUCAAUUUUGGUAUCGGCUACAGUGUGCCUUUCUUGGUUGGAUCAGGGCCAGGUAAUGCCUCCUUUGGACCAAAAAUCUUCUUCAUAUGGGGCGCCUUUUGCAUUCUGGCCGUCUUCUUUGUGUGGUGUAAUGUGUACGAAACAAGCAAGAUCAGCCUGGAACAGAUCGACGAGAUGUACGAACGAGUGAACCACGCAUGGAACAGCAAGUCAUUCGAACCGAGCUGGAGUUUCCAACAGAUGCUCAACGAUGGUUGGUCACCGAGCGCCCAACCGCCUGCAGGCCACGAGCUGCAAACAACGACGACUGCAUCAAGCGCAGACACAACUCUGGGUGACGGGGACGCAUCAUCGAUCACCGUGAAUCAGAACAAUAACAACGACGGUUCAUCACCUAGUAACAACAAUAACAACAACAACAACAACAAUGACCAGAACAAGGGCCCACCGCCGAUGGCCAUGGCCAAUGUCGACUUCAGCUACUAG